AUGUUGGCCACCAGGGUAUUGAGCCUCGUUGGCAAGCGCGCCAUCUCCACCUCAGUGUGCCUGCGAGCGCAUGGAAGCGUUGUGAAGUCUGAAGACUAUACCCUGCCGGCAUAUGUCGACCGUCGUGACUACCCGCUGCCCGAUGUGGCCUUUGUCAGGAACCUCUCAGCCCAGCAGAAGGCCCUGAAGGAGAAGGAGAAGGCUGCCUGGAGCGCGCUCUCCAUGGAGGAGAAAGUGGAGCUGUACCACAUGAAGUUCAAUGAGACCUUUGCUGAGAUGAACAGGACCACGAAUGAGUGGAAGACGGUGGUGGGCGGCGCGCUCUUCUUCAUCGGCCUCGCAGCCUUCGUUGUCAUUUGGAUGAAGCGCUAUGUGUACGGCCCCGUCCCGCACACCUUAGACGAGGACUGGGUGGCCAUGCAGACCAAGCGGAUGCUGGACAUGAAGGCCAACCCAAUCCAGGGCUUCGCCGCCAAGUGGGACUACGAGAAGAAUGAAUGGAAAAAAUAA